AUGGAAAUUCUAUCGCCUUCAUCCUAUUUUUCAAGUUCAAAUUGGCUUCUUGAAGAGAGCAAGAGCACACAAUGGACCCCGGCAGAGAACAAAAUGUUCGAAAACGCCUUGGCGGUGCAUGACAAGGACACGCCGGACCGGUGGCUCAAGGUGGCAGCAAUGAUACCUGGGAAGACAGCAAUGGAUGUGAUGAAGCAGUAUGAGGAAUUGGAAGUUGAUGUUGGCAAAAUAGAAGCUGGGCUGGUUCCAAUUCCUGGCUAUAGUGCCUCUCCAUUCACAUUGGAGUGGGUGAAUAGACAUGGCUAUGAUGGGUUCAAGCAAUCUUAUGGGCUUGGUGGUAAGAGAUCUUCAUCAGCUAGGCCUGCUGAUCAUGAAAGAAAGAAAGGUGUUCCAUGGACUGAAGAUGAACACAAGCUGUUUCUACUGGGCCUGAAAAAGUAUGGCAAAGGGGACUGGAGGAACAUCUCACGCAAUUUUGUGGUAACUCGAACACCGACUCAAGUGGCUAGUCAUGCACAGAAGUACUUUAUCAGGCAGCUUUCAGGGGGGAAGGAUAAGCGAAGAGCCAGCAUCCAUGACAUAACAACCGUCAAUCUCAACGACAUGAGAACUCCAUCUCCAGACAAUAAAAGGCCUCUCUCUCCUGAGUUAUCCGUGCCUCAGCAGCCAAAUUCUGCUGCCACUGCCAGGACUCCGUUUCAGUGGCAUCACCAGCAAGGCGGUGGAGCAAACAUGGCUUUCAAUCAAGCACAUAGAAAUAUGUUCAUGUCCCAUCCUUAUGGGAUUAGUUCAUAUGGACUUAAAAUGCAGGGGCAAGAUCUGCACAAAGGUGCUGCUAAUAACUCUUACUAUGGACCUCAAAAUAUGGUUUUUCAGAUGCAAUCCGCACAGCACUACCCGUACGGAUGA